CACAGCACUGUGAAGAUCCUUCAUACACUUUGCAGGAGGGCCUUUUGAGCCAUCGCAGUGUCAGCAACAAUCAGAAGAAAAUGCGAACGUUUGUCUCAAUAGCCCAAAAUGCCUGGGGAAUUUUUAUAUCUGAAAGGAAGCCUGGCUGGAAGUAUCUGAUGCAGCUUUUUGCAGUUUGCUUUGCAGUUGGCUUCUUCUCAAGCUUUCUCUUAUUCCUUGGCAUGUACUUCUCCCUGGCACACCACCCUUUAAGUCUCUUAUUGAUUUCUGGAUUCAUCUGGAUCUCGCUGUCUAUCGCUCUCUCCUGUUUCAAGCACCUGCGCUGUUUUAGUGUCCUGUUCCUUCUUUCUUGUGGACUGAAAAAUGGCAGGAGUGCUCUUAUUACUGCUGGCACGGGCAUCGUGGUGGCCGGCAACAUCCAAAAUAUUUUUCAUAACCUAAAGACUCUGGCAGACAGUAUAACCUGUCAUUUGGAGUUUGAGCAAUUUGCCUUGAUAAAAUAUUACGUUGAGGCAGUAAAAUGGAUUUACGACAAAGCCAAGCUUUCCACUGUACUAUUCCUAACGCAUGAAUUCACACCAUCUUAUUCAAUUUCAGAUGAUGAAUUAAAACAACAGCUAAAUGACACAAAACAAGAAAUCCAGACAAUUGCUAACCAGAUAUCUUUUAUGCUGACUGUACUGCCCUGUAUAGGCCAGAGAGUAUUGCCUAUAGUGGGGAUUUUUCUAGCUUCUUUUGGAACUGGCAUCUUUAUCAAAAAAUUUGUAGGCUCUCACAGUGCCAAAUUUAAGAAUACUUAUAUCACUAAACAGUUCAUCGCAUUUGAUGAGCAGCAAAGGCAACAGCAAAGACCCUGUCUCCUUCCACUUAACAGAAAAGAAAGAAAAGAUUAUGUGACAAUCCCAUCUCUCUGCCUCACAAGGAAGGACAAAAAAAAUAUGCAGUACUUUUUUCUCCCUGUAAUUAUUCAUCUUUGCAUCUGGCUUUUGUUUGCUGCAGUAGAUUAUUUGUUUUAUUUGUUAAUUAUUUCUGUGAAUAAACAUCUCCAAGAAGUACCGGAUCUAGAGAUUCAACUCAGCCUCUUUCAGCGAGUAAACAGCUUUAUAAUUCCUAUGAGAGAGCAUAUUGCAAAGACUGAUCCUUUCAAGAUCUCUUUGUUUAAGCAUGACUGCAUCCCUCAACCACAGCUCGCUCCCUCCACGACAUGGAUCCAGCUUGGAGUCAUCAUCUUCUUCUUAAGCAUUUUUGGGUUAUUCUCUGGCCUCCUAACCCAACUUAAAAUACUCGUGUCAACUUCAUUUUAUCCUGACACUGAGAUGAAACGGAUACAUUAUUUGCAUGCAAAAUUACUCAAGAAAAGAGCAAAGCUACAAGAGAAAACUGGGAAGAACAUGUUUGCUAGAACGGUCAACUUUUGGUUUCCAAUACUCCAGGCAAGAGAGACAGUGAGGAAGAAAGAACGGAGUGUGGCAAAUGACAACAUGGUGUGAAAGAGACCAGGUGAAUCUUUGGAUAAGGCUGAGAUGCUCUAGCUCCACAGGGACAUGUGUUUUGCACUCAUCUUUCCUAUGGAAUUUCAGUUCUAAAAUGUAAAAAUAGGAUCACAGGCUAAUCAGCAGUAUUUUGGAGACCUGUGGAAAAUUUUUCAUUUUUCAACUUGGGUUCUGUAUUGUCUGGUACUCUACAAAGCUAUGGAGGGCCUGUUCUUCUGUGCAAAAGCAAUCAAACAGGUUGGAGCUUUUAGGACUGCAGCACGAACCUCUUUGGGUUGAGGAAACAGAGGAUAUAAUGGCAGCAGCAGGUUUGUCUUCUUCAACUUUGCCAAACACUGAAGAUAUAAGACACAGCAGAGACUGUCCAUUGGUUUCUGGGCUGUCCAAGAGUCUAACCAGAGAGUUUAGAAGUUUCUAGACAUUUCUAUUAUUUCUCAACCCUCAACUGCCCUAAACCCUUCAGCCUGGUUCUUUCCCAUCCCUAGCUUCAUACGCCUGCUCCUGCCUCUGCAGCUGUCUCUUCUGCACGGCCAGUGCUCUAUAUGCCCUGUCAGUCUUGUAGCCCAGCUGAACUCUCUCUCCUACCUCUUCCUCCCACUUACUUUUGCUAAUUUGUGUCUCAGAAGUUUCUAAUCCUAGUCUUCCACCUGGAAAUCCUCACUUGGUCUUAGUCUCCCACUUACACAUGUCCAGAGACUGUAUCACUAGUGCAGAUCAUCCCAUAUCAUUGAUGAUCAUGAGAGAGGUAACGUAGCACGCGCAGAAGUGAGAAUGCUCACAAGAAGUAGAAUACAGAGGAGUCAGGUGCUGUGGGUACAAACAAGCUGAUUUUGAGGUGUAGGGGCAUAAGAGCAGAGGUAAACAGUAUUUUGAAUUUUGCAGUCUGAGAGAUCUUUCAUAAGAACAGCAAACUUUAAUCUGUUCCUUUAUAACAUGUGCAUCAU